GGGGUUAGCGCGAUGGCGGCGGGAGGAGCGCGUCCAGGGGUGGUGAUGGGCGCCAUGGAGAUGGGGCGGAGAGCGGGACCUGAGGCCAGCGCCGCGCUGCUCCGCGCUUUCCUGAAGCGGGGGUAUCGGCUCCUGGACACCGCGUACAUGUAUGCGGGCGGAGAGUCGGAGCGUAUCUUGGGCGGACUGUUGGCUGGCGGCACGGAGCCUGUGGAAGUUGCCACCAAAGCCAACCCCUGGGAUGGGAAGACACUGAAGCCUGAGAGUGUACGGUCACAGUUGGACACCUCCCUGGAGAGGCUGAAGAGGACGAGUGUGGAGCUCUUUUACCUUCAUGCUCCUGACCACGGAACCCCGGUGGAGGAGACACUGCGUGCCUGCAAUGAGCUGCACAAAGAAGGGAAGUUUAAAGAACUUGGUCUCUCAAACUACGCAGCAUGGGAGGUCGCUGAAAUCUGCACCAUCUGCAAAUACAACAACUGGGUGAUGCCCACUGUGUACCAGGGAAUGUACAACGCUACAACUCGGCAGGUGGAAGCUGAGCUCUUCCCUUGCCUGAGGCACUUUGGGCUCCGCUUCUAUGCCUACAACCCACUGGCAGGAGGGCUGCUGACCGGGAAGUACAAAUAUGAGGACAAAGACACCCGCCAGCCCACCGGGAGGUUUUUUGGGAAUGACUGGGCUCAAGCCUACAGGGACAGGUACUGGAAAAAGCACAAUUUUGAUGGAAUUGCCCUCGUAGAGAGAGCUCUGAAGGAAGCGUACGGCUCCAACGCCCCCAGCCCGGCCUCAGCAGCCUUGCGGUGGCUGUACCAUCACUCCAAACUGCAGGGUUCUCUUGGUGAUGCAGUGAUCAUUGGGAUGUCCAACCUGGAGCAGCUGGAGCAGAACCUCAACUACAGUGAAGAGGGACCCCUGCUCCCAGCUGUGGUGGAGGCAUUUGACAAAGCCUGGAACCUGAGUGCACAUGACUGCCCCAACUAUUUCCGUUAGGGAAUUGGGGAGGGAAGGGAAGAUGGGGAGGUGGUGGGGGUGGAUAAUGGAGCCAGGAGCCUCCCAAAGCAGAGGAGCAGUGCUGUUCCUUUGAUCAAUGUGCAAAUGGGUUUGUGAUUUUAAUGAAGCUUUGUAGGACCUGCUGCCAGCCCAGAUGUGUUGGGCCAUGCCUUGUUCUCCUUCCCCUCAUGGACCUUCUUCAGCUCUGCACAGUGCACACCCUGACUGAAAUGUCUGAUUGGGGAAAAGGGACACCUAAGGGGAUGAAAGCCUCCCUUCCACUUUAAUAUGGUAAAUCAGUAAAUACAAGAAUAAAAUCUUUUUUUAAUGCA